AUGAUAUCUAGCACCAAAUCCCUCCUCUCCACAUACAAUCAGGAGAAUUCUGAGGCGGCCAAUCGCCAGGAUCAACAAUUGGCAGCCUCAGCAGCUACUCAGCUGGUGAUGCACACCAAGGCUGAAUUGACAGAUGAAAUCGCAGUCGGACUCAACUUCACCCAGUUGAUGGACAAGAAUAAGAGCUUCAUCAGCACUAUCAUGGCUUUACAUAUCUACUUGGCGAAUGGUUGCCUUGUUAUCAGUCUUCUAAGCGUGAUGGUAACCGACAAGGAGCUUGGCCAUCGCGCCUACCUCUCUUUGAUGGGAAUGACAAGAUUGGCCUACCUUUCGGCCAACUUUAUCGCCUGCCAGUGUAAGUGUCAUUUUGGAACGUUAGAGACUGUAUUAUUUUAA